ACCACAUACAAAUUUGACAGGCGAGUUCGGAUAGACAGGGGCUGGAGCGGGACAAAUUUUAGGGUGCUUUUAAAUGACAUUUAAGCGUGUUAAACUGUCACUAAUCGGACUAAACCGAACGCUAAAAGGAUCGUUUGGAGUUAAAAGUGUUAAAGGAGUUAAAGGAACUUGGCAGACCGAACGCAAUGAGCUAAUUCCUUUUAAGGGUUGUUUACUUAUAGGAUAAGAAUAAUAUUCAUUAUAGAAUGGCAGAAGCAUCUAGUUCUUCAAAAGAAACCACUAGUAAACCAAUAUGCCUUAUUAUUCUUGGCAUGGCUGGCAGUGGGAAAACAUCUUUAGUUACAAGAUUAACUAACUCUCAAAAAAAGCCUUAUGUUGUAAAUUUGGAUCCUGCAUGUUUGAAUUUACCAUAUUUUGCAAAUAUAGACAUUCGUGAAACUGUCAACUACAAGGAAGUUAUGAAGCAAUACAAUUUGGGACCCAACGGGGCAAUUGUCACAUCUCUUAAUUUAUUUUCUACAAAAUUUCCCGAGGUUAUUGACUUUAUUCAGAAAUCAGAAAAUGAGUUGUGUAUCUUAGACACCCCAGGUCAAAUAGAAGUAUUUACAUGGUCAGUUUCUGGCUCUAUAAUAACAGAGACUCUAGCUUCAUCCUUCCCAACAGUGAUUUUAUAUGUUGUGGACUGUGUGAGAAGUACCUCUCCAGUAACAUUUAUGUCUAAUAUGUUAUAUGCAUGUUCUAUUCUAUACAAAACUAGGUUACCUUUUAUUGUAGUCAUGAACAAGAUUGAUAUAGUAGAUCAUUCAUAUGCCAAAGAUUGGAUGAAUGAUUUUGAAGUAUUCCAAGAAGCUCUGGAAUCAGAUGAGAGUUAUAUUAGUAAUCUGACUAGGUCUAUGGCUUUGGCAUUGGAUGAGUUUUAUCAGAAUUUAAAAGUUUGUGGAGUUAGUGCAGCUACAGGUCAAGGAAUAGAUGACUUGUAUAAAUUAAUUACUGAAGCUGCAGAGGAAUAUGAAAAAGAAUAUCGUGUAGAGUGGGAAAAAAUCAGGGCUGAAACUGAAGCUAAAAAAACAGAAAUUUUAAAAGAAAAAGAAGAACAAGGUUCGUCUUUUUUGACUGAAGUUCCUUUAGGUAGAGACUUAUCUGAUGUUUAUUUGAGACAUCCAGCCAAUGAGAGCAGUUCAGAUUCAGAAGGAGAAGAGGCACCAUUUGAAAAUGUUGAAGAUGAAAAGGAGGCUGAAAACUUUCAGCGAGUAUUACAGCAACAGAGAAAUAUGCAAAUAAAAAGAGCCAGGGAAGCUGAGAAAAAAAACCCCCAUAACACUAGUUGAGCCAUUAAGAUUUUUUUAAGUGUAUAAUUAAUGUUAGGAAAAAUAUAUAUUUUUUUUAUAAGUGGUAUAAUAUUUGACAUUAAAUUAUCUAUUCCCAAGAAGAAUAUUAAAGUUACUUUAAUUAGAAAUUAUUUU